CUUUUCCACAAUAAACUAUACCGCCUAGGAAAAAAAAAUUCAGAAUGUUGCUGCUACGAGUUUGCCCAGCCAUGACUCUUCACCUUCCUUAUUCCGUCGCUAGAUCAAAGCUUCCUGUAACAACCAAUCCUCAUCGUUUCUCCAAUCUCACUGUUCGCAGCUCUAACUUUCCACUCGAUUUGGAUCCUAAUGAGUCUCGCAAGUUAGUUGUGGCAGUGAAGGAGAAGCUUGAGAAAGAACACUAUAGCCUCCCUGUAGGAAAAAAUGGAAGGGAUGAUGAAGACAUGAUACUAUGGUUCCUUAAAGACCGCAAGUUCUCUGUUAACGAAGCUGUUAAGAAGUUGACUAAAGCCAUUAAAUGGCGUAAAGACUUUAAUGUGGCGGAGCUUACCGAAGAGGCAGUUAAAGAUGUUGCUCAAACUGGAAAGGCAUAUGUACAUGACUUUCUAGAUAUCUAUGGUAGACCUGUACUUAUGGUGGUUGCUUCAAAACAUUUUCCUGAAGCACAGGACCCCAAAGAUGAUGAAAGAUUGUGUGUUUUCUUGGUUGAGAAGGCAUUGAGUAAGCUUCCAACCGGGAAGGAGCAGAUGGUUGCAAUAGUUGAUCUCAGAGGUUUUGGAACAGAAAAUGCUGAUCUUAAAUAUUUGACAUUCUUGUUUGAUGUAUUCUAUUAUUACUAUCCCAAGAGAUUGGGUGAAGUACUAUUCGUGGAUGCUCCUUUUGUGUUUAAGCCAAUUUGGCAGAUAGCCAAACCCUUAUUAAAGUCCUAUGCUUCUCUGGUAAGAUUUUGCUCUGCAGAAGAGGUCAGGAAGGAAUAUUUUACUGAUAAAAAUUUGCCACCCAACUUCAGAGAUUAAAAGCCUUUUCCACAAAAGUUACUCCUG